AUGCCUGAGUCUCUUGAGAACUUUAUGCAUAUGACUUAUAAAGACUUAUCCUGUCCAAUUCCAUCUGGGUUGUUUAAUAUUUCGUCAUUGUCGUACUUAAUCCUCGGUGCUAAUCGACUCAAUGGUCAACUUCAAGAAUUCCCAAAUCAUUCAUUGCAAUUGUUAGAUUUGAGCGUCAAUGAACUAAGUGGCCCCAUCCCACCACUUGUGGCGACAAACUUUUUAAUCUCACACAAUAAAUUCACAGAGAUCCCUUCAGUGAUUUGCAAUGUGAGUUCCAUUGAGAUCCUUGAUUUGUCUCAUAAUAGCUUGAGUGGUGUAAUUCCACAAUGUUUAGGAAACUUCAGCAAUGUACUAAGUGUGUUAGAUCUUAGUAUGAAUAACUUUCACGGCAGAAUUUCGACCUCAUUUGCAGAGGGAAACAAGUUGAGGACUAUUGAUUUAAACAGGAAUCAAUUAGAAGGGAAAGUGCCACGAUCCUUGGCAACAUGUAGACACUUGGAAGUUCUAGACUUCGGGAACAACAAUAUAAAUGGCACAUUCCCCUACUUGUUGGAAACUCUUCCAGAGUUGCAAGUCCUUGUCUUUCAAUCCAAUAAAUUUCACGGUCCCAUGGGCUUUUCCAAAACUCAACUACCCUUUUGUAAACUUCGAAUCUUGGAUCUCUCUCACAAUGAGUUUAGUGGCUUUUUGCCAACAACAUAUUUCAAGAAUUUCAAAGCUAUGAGGAUCAUCAAUGAAAGUGUGGGACUGAGAUAUAUGGGGGAAUCUUAUUAUGGUGAUUCAGUGACAAUCAUGAUAAAGGGUCUUGAGAUUGAAUUACCAAGAAUUCUAACAAUUUUCACGACGAUUGACUUAGCACACAACAAAUUUAGUGGAGAGAUUCCAAAUGUCAUCGGAAAGCUUCAUGCACUUCGAUUGCUUAACUUAUCUCACAACAACCUUGUUGGCAAUAUCCCUUCAUCAUUGGGAAAUCUAUGUUCGCUUGAAUCCUUGGACCUCUCUUCAAACCAACUUUCUGGUAAGAUUCCUAGCCAAUUGACAAGUCUGACAUUUCUUGGAGUCUUAAAUUUUCCAGAAAAUCAUCUUGAGGGUCGCAUACCUCGUGGCAACCAAUUUGAAACAUUUGAUAAUAGCUCGUACAAUGAAAAUUUGGCAUUGUGUGGGUUUCCUCUAUCAAAGGAAUGUGAAGAUAAUAAGACACCACUACAUCCAACACCUAUGUUGCAGAAGGAAGAUGAUCCAACUUUUGCACGUGGAUUUAGUUGGAAAGCGGUACAAAUGGGGUACGGAUGUGGAAUGGUAUUGGGAUUGGUAAUGGGAUAUAUUAUAUUCUUAAUUGGAAAACCAAAAUGGUUUGUAAGAAUUGCUGAAGGAGAACAACAGAAGAAAGGGAAAAGGUCACACAAGGGUGUGGUAGAAGAAGGGAAGCCAGCCUUAGAAGAGAGUAAGAGUCCUUUGCCUGAGUGCUCUGAGGACUUAUUUGAGGGGGAGUACAAUCCGUGUUACUACAUUGUGCUAGUUGAUCAAGUAAAGCCAGAAGUGGUGUUGCUAACAGUAGAGGAAGUCAAUGUGGUUAGGGAGGAUGGCCUGAGCCAAGGUUUGGACGAUUUGGCAAAGCUAGAGGAGGACUUAGACAAUCUGCAAUUCUAUGACAAACAAGAUCAAGGGGAUAUGCAGAUUGACUGGUUUGAUUUGAAUGGGUCAACGGACAACUCUGGGUGGUUGAGUGACGAACCCAAUAGAGAGGAGGGAACUAAAACAAAACCAAAGGAAAAUGAAUCAAGAAUCGAUACAGUGGUCGGAAUGGCCAAUGAAAAGGGAAAACUACCGAGAGCACUAACAUCAAGAAUUUAG